GACCUUUGGGUGGGUGCGUCAGCAAAAGCAUUUAUUCUUUUAGUAGGUUCAAUAAAGCACCACACAGCAGCUGAUCCCAUGGCACAGCUUUAGUUGUAUAUGUUGAUCAUAAUAUAUUGGUUCGUCCAUGCACAUUACCGGCGUUAAGAUCCACUAACCCGGAUACCCCAUGGCUAAAAAGAUGAGUCUGUUGUGGGGGUCAGGCUCCCCCCCCUGCUGGCGAGUCAUGAUCACCCUGGAGGAGAAGAGUUUCCAGGGGUACAAACGCAAGCUGCUGUCCUUCGAGGCUGGGGAGCACAAGUCCGCUGAAGUCCGAGAGCUCAACCCGAGAGGACAGCUCCCUGUUUUCAAACAUGGAGACAGCGUCCUGAAUGAGUCCAUCGCAGCAUGCUUAUUCCUGGAGAACCAGUACCAGCUCAAGGGUACCAGGCUGCUCCCCCAGACGCCAGCGGAACAAGCCCUGGCCUUGCAACGCAUGGUGGAAGGCAUCACACUCAACGAUAAGCUCAAUGCGGUCAUCUACUAUGAGUGGUUUGUGCCUGAGGAGGAGAGGUGUGAGGCAGGGGUGAAGAGGAGCAGAGAGGUGCUGGGGGCCGAGCUUCAGCUCUGGGAAAAGUAUUUGGAGCAGGUGGGGCCUGGCGCAUACCUCGCAGGGGCGUUCUCAUUGGCUGACGUUACUGUCUUUCCAAGCGUCGCCUGUGCCUUUCGCUUUGGGCUGUCUGUGCUGCGGUACCCCAAGCUAGCCAAGUACUACAGCCUGCUGAAGGGCCGAGCCAGCAUCAAGGUCUCCUGGCCCCCCCACUGGCUUGAGAGCCCCCAGGGCUACGAUGUGCUCAAGGACCUCUGAAACACAAUAUAGGAUGUAGUGAUAUGAAUGACUGUUGGUUGUGGUUGUUGUAUUUUUAAUGUAUUAAAGUAUUGAACUGAGCAAUGUUUUG